UCCCACUCACCUAGCAAAUCAUAUCACUGUAACCUUAAGUUGGACUACAGCAUCCGUUGCGAAACCACCAGAAUCAUAAGGUAGACAUUCUACGCAAGCAGAGCAAAUGGCGUCGACCUCUCGCCGUAUGGUUGCGUCCGUCCUCUUGGUCCUUCUUCUCCUCGUCGCCACAGAGAUGGGGACGAUGAGGGUGGCGGAGGCGAGGCACGGGCACAGGCACUGCGAGUCGCAGAGCCACAGGUACCGCGGAGCGUGCUGGAGGGACGACAACUGCGAACACGUCUGCAACACCGAGGGCUUCCCUUGGGGCAAGUGCAAGUUCCACGACUUCGAAAGGAAGUGCUUCUGCAAGAAACCGUGCUAGCCACUUCAUCGACCGAUGGAUCAGCUGGCUAGUUAGCCGCGCACCACGACCACCCUCGUGAUCUUCGUAGUGCUCCUCUCCUGUUUCGUGUACCGCUUUCCUUAUUCCUAAUCUAGUAAGGUCUACAUGCGUUGUGCAUGCCAUUUCCUUGUUACAAGUAUUUUGCUUCGUACGGUGUAAUCUAGCUAGGGUGCUAAUAAAAGUUGGUCGUCGGUGUGCUUGGACGUCUUUUAUCA